GUUCUGAUUCGGCGUCGUAAAUGUCAACAACUUGUUCCUAAAUACGUUUAAUACCUCUUUGAUUUUAAUUUAUCCAAAUUAUAAACUCAAAAAAGUUUCUGGUUUAUAUACUUUAACAGUAAAAGUCAAUAUUAAAAAGUUAUAUUUCUUAGGUGCAAACUUGUGGCCAGUAGUAAAAAUUUGGUACAUUUCAGUUCAAAAAACAUUGUUUUCGCUAUGGCAGAAAUAAAACAAUGCGUGGCUAGUGGUUGUGGGGCUAACUCUGAGUUAUGCCCCUAUCUAUUCUUUUUAAAAGUACCACAAAAUCCGGAACGUCGAGUUGAUUGGUGCGAUGCCAUGGGCGUGCCGGCUCGGAAAGGCCGACUCUACUGUUGUACUAGACAUUUUGAUAUUCCAAACGAUUUCGACGGUGAUGCAUCCUCAGAUAAAACCAGUGGAAUCCGUUUAAAAUUAAAAGGAGACGUUUUACCACACAAAGGAAUUAUAUUUCAGUUUGAAAUCAAGAAUGUUUACGCUAUUUUUGAUCACAUGAAAAAAGUUGGUAAAAUAGAAAAAACUUUCAAAUAUUUGUUACCUGCAGUUGAACAAGAUCUCGGUAUAAAAGUACCGCUGAAUAUAAAACCAUCGACGUUGGAUAGAGCGUAUACCUUAUUAAUUGAUAAGGUUUAUGAAUAUUUCAAAACUGACGGUGUUAUGUCGCGAUACCAAUUGCUUCAGCACUUAAAAAGUUUUCGCGAUGAAAUUACAGAAAUAGUAAACGAAAAAAUCUCGAAAGGUACACUCGUAGGAAGCAUCCUUUGGCGGACAAUCCAGCCAUUUCUCCAAUACGAAUCACACGGAAGCUUGGAUUUACCCAUCGACCAUGAACAAAUGGAACUAUUAUACUUCGAAUGUGAAACAAAUCAGCUGAAAGUCUAUUCACGUCCAAAGAAUAAUAAUCUACGCGUUACUAACGACAACUCAGACUUUAAACAGUUGUUUUUCAUGCCAGGGAUUCGUGUUACUCUAAAUUUACCAUUUUUGGAAAUGGUUCGACAAGUUAUAUCUAACUGCGAAAGAUAUGUUGUUACCCCUAAAGGAGCUGUUCUGAAGAACGCAGCUCUAAAGCCAAAUGGACGAGAAACAUUUCAGAAAGUUGACAACCCCUAUCGGCUCAAAUCUUCAAAGGUUGGACAAAAUAUCACUCUAGAAUAUUUAGACAUUUUGAUUAACUUAUUCGAGGCGCAUGAAUUUAUGAUGAACCAAAACCAACGAUCAACACUAAUAUUCUUACUUCAGCAGAUUCGUAGCGAACUAUCAGAUUAUGAAAUGAAGGAAUUACAUGUCACAUAUGGCUGCUACCUAUCAAAGUACAAAUAUUAUCGGUUAAUAAACAACGAUAUCAAACCUGACAGCCGAGACGGUGAGGAAUACUUGUAUGUAAAAGAAGUCAUAAAUCCAGAACUUAACUUUCAAUUUUUGAAAGCUAUCGACAUUGAUAUGAAAGAUUUCAAUGAAAUCGAAGAGUAUUUCGCUCCCAUACUUGGAUAUGUGGAUAAAAAACCAAAGUAUUCUAAGGAAAAUCAAUAUUUGGAAUUUGCCGAUCAAUUAAAAAAAGCCAUUAUGUUUUCUUGCGAUGAAUGCAAUACAUCCUUCGAUUCAUCUCUGGCAAGAAUUACAAUACAAGAACAUAAAUUUUGUGGACUGAAAAAAUGGAAAUGUACCAAUUGUCAGUUGGAAUUCCAAGAAAAUGAAAUCGCUUCCCGUAAAUGGACACAUAACUGUAUUGAGAGUGCACAAUAACCGAUAAUGCAAUGUAUUAUCUCCUAACAUUGUAACUGACGAAAAUUGAAUGUAAUUUGACUGUCAUUCGUUAUCACACAUAAGUAAGUUGCAUAACGUUUAGUGCAAAAUUGAAAACAGUUUUGUAAAUAAAGAGUAGAGCUUUUACUUAACAUUUUUAUAGAUAUUUUCAAGAGAUUUGUACGUAAUUUUGCGUAAUUACACAAUUUUUUCGCAAUUCUAUGAAUUACAACGUAUUGAACAUAACGAAUUGACAUGGAGUUUGAAGCUUACAUUUGAAUGUUCUCAGUUAUUUUAUUUUUUUCGUUUAGUAUGCAUUUACCUUUAUUGAAUAAAUUCAUUGCGGUAUUUUACGUCAAACAAACAAUUCCAAAAUCAGAAACUUGACGAUGGCGUUUUGUGUUCACAACCAAGACUUAAAAUAAAUUUGUACGUGGCCUUCACCAUACAACGUUA